AUCUCAUCACAAAUCUCAAAAUUUCAUCAAUCAUCCUUCUAUAAUUACAUACCGUUUCCCAAGCUUCAUUUCCCGCACUACACUCACCCUCACAAUCUCACUCUCACAUUCUCACCCACACACAAUCUUGAGAGAGAAAAACUGUUAGAGAGAGAAAGAUGCCGAGAAGCAGCUUCGCCAAGGUGGACGUGGUUGUCGACACUGGUAACCCAUUGUUGGACCGCACCGUUGAUGGGUUCUUGAAGAUUGGCGCCGUUGCAGCUACCAGAGCCGUUGCUGAAGAUGCAUACCACGUUGCUAAGAGAGGAAGUAUUUCAACUAAGGAUGCUGAGCACACUCUCAAAAAGAUGUGCAAAGAAGGAGCAUACUGGGGGACCGUUGCUGGUGUUUAUACUGGGAUGGAGUACGGAAUAAGAAGGGCUCGUGGCACAAGUGAUUGGAAAAACGCAAUGAUUGCUGGUGCAUUGACUGGAGCUCUGACGUCUGCAGUGACCAGCGGUGAGAAAGAUAAAAUCGUGUUGGAUGCUCUCACAGGAGGUGCAGUCGCAACUGCUGCAGAGUUUAUCAACUAUCUCACUUAUUAAUUACUAAUUAGGCCUUAAUUAAGCCAUCCAUAUCCAUAUCCAUAUCCAUAUCUGCUGUGUAGAUAAGGAUUAAGGAAGAGAACAUCUUGUCUCUGUUCUUCCGUAGUUUUGAGGUUGCCUGAAUAAUCAAACAUUUAGAACUAGCGUACAGACGGAAUUCAUCAAUAAAACUACCUUGUGUUUUUAUUGGUAAUAUUUAUGAAUGAGCAACUAGUACUUUAUUUGA